AAGUUAAAAGGAAUGGUGGGUACGGGGACAAGGUAGUGGGUGGCAGAAUGUUGCUGACUGUAGUGUGCGUGCAAUUAAUCUGGGGAUUAGUUGGAUUGCGCGAGUCCGUGGCACAAAAUGCUACGGGAAAGGACGAGUGGUGGAGAGACACGUUUAUCUACCAAGUGUAUCCGAGGAGCUUCAAAGACAGCAAUGGAGACGGCGUGGGUGACUUGAAUGGCAUAACGAGCAAGCUGGAGCAUUUGGUGGAUUUGGGCGUAAGUACAGUUUGGCUGUCGCCGAUCUACGCAAGUCCGAUGGUAGAUUUUGGGUAUGAUAUAUCUAAUUUUACAGCGAUUGAUCCUAUUUUUGGAACAAUCGAUGACUUUAAGCGCCUGACUGUAAGAGCUAAAGCCUUAAAGCUCAAAGUUGUGUUGGAUUUCGUUCCAAAUCACAGCUCGGAUAAGCACCCGUGGUUCUUAAAAAGUAUCCAGCGUGUCAAGCCUUUUGAUGAGUAUUACAUCUGGAAGGACGCCAAGAUAGUAAAUGGAACGCGGAAACCACCCAAUAAUUGGCUAAGUGAAUUCCAAGGCUCUGCUUGGCAAUGGAAUGAUCAACGCAAGCAGUACUAUUACCAUCAAUUUACCGUAGGACAACCGGAUCUUAAUUACCGCAGUACUGCAUUGCAAGAAGAGAUGAAAAACGUCUUCCGCUUUUGGCUGAACCUUGGCGUUGAUGGUUUUCGAGUUGAUGCAAUUAAUUUCCUCGUCGAAGACUCGCGUUUUCUAGACGAACCCAAGAUACCUAACACCGGGUUUCAAGACACUGACCCUAGGACACUCAGACACAUCUACACAUCAGAUCAGAAUGAAACCUAUGACGUUGUAGCAUCCUGGCGCAAGCUAGUCGACUCAACAAAUGGAACCCGCAAGAUAAUUCUCACCGAAGCUUACACUACUGUGCCCUACGCAAUGAAGUACUACCAAUUCGGAUCUAACAUUCCAUUCAAUUUCAUCUUCCUUCGCAAUAUCACGGGUGUCUCUAAGCCCGUCGACUACAAACGUGCUAUAGAUCGCUACCUCAACUCUGUUCCUGCUGGUUACGUCGCCAAUUGGGUGACCGGGAACCACGACAACUCUAGAGUCGGCUCUCGCUUCGGUCCCCAUCGUGCUGAUCAGAUUACCAUGAUCGCCGCAAUCCUUCCAGGUGUCGGAAUCAUUUACAAUGGAGAUGAAAUAGGAAUGAUCGACCGUCCCAUGUCCUGGAACGAGACCAUCGACCCCGCAGGCUGCAACGCAGGACCAAGCCGCUACAAUUUAACCUCACGUGAUCCUGCGAGAACUCCUUUCCAGUGGGAUAGCUCUGUCAACGCAGGUUUCUCAACCGGCAAAAAAACUUGGCUACCAGUUCACUCGAACUACAAGACCCUGAACCUCCAAGCUGAAAAGACCAUUAAGAAUUCUUCCUACGCCAUCACUAAGCGGCUGAUUUCUCUCAAGCAGAAUCCGGUCGUCCAACGAGGUACUACUCAAGUAACCGCGAUCUACGACACCUUUCUGGGUAUCGCUCGGAGACUUCCCAAUCAGUCACCCGUUGUAUUAAUUGUCAAUCUGUAUAAUCAUUCAAUGCACUAUGACGUCGCAACGUUCAUGAACAUUCCAAAACAGAUGACCGUCUACGUCGCCAACGCAGCCGCUAAUUUGAGCAUCGGCGCUAAAAUCAACACAUCGUUUUUACAGUUACCAGGCAACGCUUCCGUGAUUCUGCUUUAAUUACUAAUUGCUAAUUAUUGUUAUUAUUGAAACCAAUAGUAAUUAAAUAACCAAUUGUACGUGACACCUAAUUUAUAUUACUCAUUAAUUAACUGCUAUUUUAAUAAUAUUUGCAUAAUUUAUAUGUUUUAAUUCGUAAUUGCCAUCUUCAUAUUUAUUUUGGAAAAAUGUAUUCAAGUGGAUGUUAUUCAAUAUCUGGGUAUUGAAUUCUUUACGAUCAAUAAAAAUUUAUUAAUGUUUGCUUAUGAUAA